CGGGGAGCCGCCGGAGACUACACCGGAAUCGCCGAAACGCAUGGACAACGACGGCGCGCAGGUGCUUCCGUCGCCGGAGGUGGUGGAAGACGCCAUCGCGUCGACGAGCGUGGACACGGACGCGCUCUUAUCUCUCAUAUCCUCUGUCCCGCCGAAGACUCUGCACGCGUACACGCUGAAACGCAUACCCGCUUCGGAGCCGUCGAUUGUCUCGUCUCUCCAUACGUUCUUUUCGGAAUUGACCCCGCCGCCGCUUCUGCACUGCGUACGGUGUCAUAAAGACUACACCGAGGUCGAGAACGACGAUCGGAGCUGCUUGAUAGCGCACGAUGAUGAUAGUGCCGAGGUCGAGAGGGUUGGUGCGAAGGGCAAAGGACGUGCCGCUGCAGGUACAGGCGGCUACGAGACACUGUGGGGCUGCUGCGGAAAGACUGUGGAAGGGGAUGGCGACAUGGGCCCGCCGGAUGGCUGGUGCUACGAGGGGAAACACACGACGGACAUUAAACGCGCGAGAUUCCGCGCAGACUCAACCCCCACUGACGACAAGCUCAUUUCCUGCUACAAGCUGAACUGCCACGGCAUCCGCUCCCAGUUACCCCGCGCGUCAACGCCGACGUCGUCCCCUCGGUCACGUAUUGCGGACAAUUAUAGCCCGGGACGACUCAGGAAACGUCGUCGGUCCACUAGGGACAAGGAAGACCAAGAAAUGCGGAGCGCGAGCGAUGCUGAGAGCGAUGGGACCAAUGAUAGUCUUGCAGGAGAACUACGGGAGAAGGAGGGGAGUGCCGCCGGCAGCGUGGUCGACAAGUCAAAGGGCAAGGCAAAGCCAUCAUCCGAUCAGCCCAAACGUAAGCCUGGCAGGCCUCGGAAGAAAAAAGACGAAGACAUGGACAUAGACAGCGAUGCCGCGUCUGUCAAGUCACAUAAAUCCGUCCGUAAGCCCAGGCCCAAGGCAUUGGCUCAGACGAAAGAGCAGGGAACAAAGUCCGACAACGAGGACGCGAUGUCCGUGGUGUCGACGUCGUCAGCGAAGCCGAACGUGAAGAGCGUGAAGGGGUCGAUGAAGCCGAGGAGUAGAGCGGCGCCCAGCAAGUCGAAGCUUGGGCAGGACGCGACUGUUGUGAUGGCUGUGAAUGAGGAAGCGCCGCAGAGGAAGAAAACGAAGACGACGUAGUGACGGAAUCUGCUAGCCCAGACGAUGUCGCGACACCUACCUCCUUCACGGUAUACACAAGAGGCCGCUGGUGCCUCCCACGAGCCCGCUAAUAUGUUAUCUGCGUAUAUAUUGCUUAUAUGUUCUUAGUUCAACAUUCCUCCUUUCCUUUGUCAAUCUGCUACGGCCAACUGUGCGAUACCUCUCGUUUUUAUUACGGGUCUCAAUCGGUUGUUCAGAUUGUUGUACGUUACGUAGGUGGACAAGCGGAUACCUUCACGUCCUAUUCCUGUGUAUCACUCGGAUUCUUGC